AUGAAAUUCCUCAUGGAAAUGCAAAAGAAGAAUGAAAAGGAAACAGUCAAACAACAACAACAAUCGAAUGGAUCAUCGAAAAAACAAACCACCAAACAACCAAAAGAUUGGCCUUCCGAACAAACUCAACCAGAACCUACAGUCCCAAUCAAGUAUUUAUUCAAGGAUGAGAAAUUCCCACAGGGUGAAAUUUGUGAAUUAGGAACCUAUGAUUAUAAAACCAAGAGAUUUCAUCCUUCCGAAUUGAAGGAAGGAGCACAAGAAAAGGAUGAAAAAUUACAAGAACGUCUCCAGGAGGCUAGACAUGCUGCUGAAGUUCACAGAACUGCUAGAAAAUGGUUCAAGACUAUUGUUAAACCUGGAAUGAAAGUUAUUGAUGCUGCUGAAACUUAUGAAAAUAAGGUUAGAGAAUUAUUGGAAGCUGAUAAGAAAAAGUCUGGACUUGCUUUCCCAUUGGGUUGUUCAUUGAAUCAUGUUGCUGCUCACUAUACACCAAAUAGUGGAGAUGAAACUGUUAUUGGAAAGGAUGAUGUGAUUAAAUUCGAUUUGGGAACUCAUGUUAAUGGUACAAUUAUUGAUUCUGCAUUCACAAUGUGUUGGAAUGAUCAAUAUCAACCAUUAUUGGAUGCUGUCAAAGAUGCCACUAAUAUGGGUGUUAAGGCUGCUGGUAUUGAUGUCAGAUUAGGUGAUGUUGGUGCUGCCAUUCAAGAAGUUAUGGAAUCUUAUGAAGUUACAAUUAAUGGAAAGACUCACAAGGUUAGAAGUAUUGAAAAUUUGUGUGGUCACUCUGUUGAAAGAUAUCGUGUCCAUGCUGGUAAAUCAGUUCCAAUUGUUGCUACUGAAGAAAAUACCAAGAUGGAAGAAAAUGAAUUUUUCGCUAUUGAAACUUUCGGUUCUACUGGUAAGGGUUACAUCAAUGAAGAAGGUGUCUGUUCACAUUAUGGCAGAGAAUACACAUACAAUGGUGAUGGUUCUGAAUUGAGAAAUAAGGAUUCUAAAGAUUUACUCAAAGUUAUCAAUGAAAACUUUGGAUCCAUUCCUUUCUGUCGUAGAUACUUGGACAGAAUUGGCCAAAAGAAAUAUCUUACUGCUCUUCGUGAUUUGGUAAACAAUGGUAUUGUCAAUGAAUAUCCACCAUUGGUUGAUGUUAGAGGUUGUUACACUGCUCAAUUCGAGCAUACUAUUUUCUUGAGACCAACCUGCAAGGAAGUUUUGAGUAGAGGAUCCGACUAUUAA